AUGGCGGCGAAAGUCGGGGUCGCGGCAAUAUUUCUUGCACUGUUGUUCGCAUUGACAGAAAUACAAGCGAAACAAUUAGAUCCUGGUCCACAAGCAAUCAAAGAUUCAUUAUCUACUUCAACCUCACCGCCAGCAUCAACGCAAAAGCCACAAAAACGCUAUGUAACAAAAGAGAUAAUUUUGUAUCUUACACCGAGUCAAAUCAAAGCACUGCAAGAUGGAAAGGGACUUGUAAGUUCUCAAACCAUUUCUCAAUCUACAGAGACACAGGAACAAAAUGAUCAACGUCUAACUUCCCAAGAACAUGAAGAAUUUAUUCGUCAGCAAUUUGAAAACAUAAAAUCAGCUAAAAUAUCUCAGUCGAAAAAAACGCCAUAUGAUCAUUUAGAAUUGGUCUCACAUGGUCCUUCUUAUAAAAAAGGAGAGAUACCUACUGAAAAUCAGCAGAAAUAUUCAGAUUUGAUAGAAAUUUGGAAACAAGGUGGAAUCGACCAACAAGCUAAACCACUAUACUUGUUUUCUCAGCUUGGUGAAGACAAACAAAGAGAACUAUGGAGCGUACAAAAUGAAAGAGAUUCGGAAGUGGAAAGAAAUGCAUGGAUUGGAGGAUAUGGAUCAGUUUCAGAAAAAAAACAGGAAGAAAUUUUAUUACAUGAACAACUGAAACAGCAGUGGAAUCAUAUUUUGGAACAAAAUCGUAACCAAUUAAAGACUUUGUCAGCAAUAUCUUCUGAAAAUGUGAAAUCUCCAUCACUGUCACUUCAAACAGAGAAACCCUUGUUACAGUUGCAAUAUGCUCCGCGAUACAACGAUCAGAAAAACGCAAUAGAAAUUGAAAAAAUCUUGAGAAGCAAUCAUCGACAAGAAUUAGAAAAGGAAAGUGCUCUUUUGAAGGCAGAAGCUAUCGCAAAUUCUCCCCCCAUUCUCAUUCAUCAAGAAAUUAGAGUUACAAAACAUCGUCCAGUGCCAAUACCGGUUAAACACGUAAAGGUUCAAGUUCCAACGCCUGUUUUAAUUCCUGUACCUGAACCAUUUGAGGUUAAAAUUCCACAUCCUUAUCCAGUACCCUUAGAGAUUAUAAAACAUAUUCCUGUACCAAUUUUAAAAACAGAAAAUAUGCCUGUACCUGUGGAAGUGGAACAACAAAUUAAGGUACCUUUUACCAAAAACGUAUAUGGAAACGUGUAUAGACCAUAUUAUAUACAAAAAUUUUCCCCUGUACAAACUAAGAAAUAAGUUCCAGUAGAGAUUCCUAGUCGUAAAUCGGGAAAAGUGACGUAUCUCCAGCAUGUUUGGCAGAACCAAAUAAUUCACCAAUGACUGA